AUGUCUCAUCAAGAAUCCUAUCUGCACCAAAUCAUCAACAUCUUCCUGGACAUUAUUAAAUUUUGUAAUAUGGCGCAGCAGCACCCUGCUUUUAACAUCACGAAUCUCAGCAGGCCCAUUAUCCCCAUUGUUCAGAACUACCCUCUCCUACCAUUGCGCUACUUAUCAAAUCCCAGAAAUGUUCUUCCACCAGGUGGAGAGAGCAGUGACCUAAGAUGUGAAUGUAUAAAUAAAAAAGAUGAUCUCAUCAAAUCUGCUGAGAGUUCAGAGCGGUGGUAUAAGACCGUUAAUUUUCUGGUGUUUCUGUUGCAGGGUGGGAAUAACGCAGGCCAUACUGUGGUUGUUGAUGGGAAAGAAUAUGAUUUUCACCUAUUUCCUAGUGGCAUCAUUAAUCCAAAGGCAAUUUCUUUUAUUGGUAAUGGAGUGGUUAUACAUUUACCAGGCCUGUUUGAAGAAGCUGAAAAGAAUGAAAAGAAAGGUUUAAAAGAUUGGGAGAAAAGACUGAUUAUAUCAGAUAGAGCACAUAUAGUGUUUGACUUUCACCAGGCAGUAGAUGGACUCCAGGAAGUGCAACGUCAAGCACAAGAAGGAAAAAAUAUUGGCACAACAAAGAAGGGGAUUGGACCAACAUAUUCUUCCAAAGCUGCACGAACAGGCCUUCGAAUUUGUGACCUCCUUUCUGACUUUGAUGAAUUUUCUUCAAGAUUUAAAAAUCUGGCACAACAAUACAAGUCAAUGUUUCCCACAUUGGAAAUAGAUAUAGAAGGACAAUUGAAGAAGCUAAAGGGGUAUGCUGAAAAAAUAAGGCCCAUGGUUCGAGAUGGCGUGUAUUUUAUGUACGAAGCUCUUCAUGGCUCCCCAAAGAAGAUCCUUGUUGAAGGAGCCAAUGCAGCAUUACUUGAUAUUGACUUUGGCACGUAUCCUUUCGUGACUUCAUCGAACUGCACUGUAGGCGGUGUAUGCACCGGGCUUGGUGUUCCUCCCCAGCAUGUCGGUGAUGUGUAUGGUGUGGUGAAGGCGUACACUACUCGGGUGGGAAUUGGAGCCUUCCCCACUGAGCAGAUUAAUGAAAUUGGAGAGCUCUUACAGUCCCGUGGCCAUGAAUGGGGAGUAACUACAGGCAGAAAGAGACGCUGUGGCUGGUUAGAUCUUGUCAUUUUGAAAUAUGCUCAUAUGAUCAACGGAUUCACUGCUUUGGCAUUGACAAAACUGGAUAUUCUUGAUGUCCUUGAUGAGAUUAAAAUUGGUGUUGCUUACAAAUUGGGUGGAAAAAGAAUCCCCUAUUUUCCAGCUAACCAGGAGAUACUUCAGAAGGUGGAAGUAGAGUAUGAAACAAUGCCUGGGUGGAAGACUGACACAACUGGGGCACGAAAAUGGGAGGACCUCCCACCCAAGGCCCAGAAUUACAUACGCUGUGUGGAGAACCAUGUUGGAGUGCCAGUUAAAUGGGUCGGAGUUGGAAAAUCAAGAGAAUCGAUGAUCCAGCUAUUCUAAACAAAUGAAGAACUACAGUGAUGAGAAGCACAAUUCGGCGUUCAUCUGUUCCUCUUUUGAAUGGAGAUGCUAUUUAAAACCAACAUGUUUUUCUAGGAAUUGAAUCGAAACAAAACAUAUAUUCUUUAUUGUAAAGUUUUAUUUAUCUUUAAGUUCUCAGUAAAUUUGGUGUAAAAUCUCCUUGGUGGCCAUCAGCAAAAAAAAAUUAAAGUAUUUUUAACAAAAUAAGGAAAAAAUAUUUUUUUAAAUUUGAGCCAUUCUACUGUUUGAAAGUAUUUUACAUCCCUAUAGAAUUAUUUCUUCUUGAUGAAACCAGUAUUAAGCCUUUUCCAGUAGUUACUGGGUAACUUUAGAAUUGUGAAGCUUGGAUUUGUUCUUCAACUUCCAAAUGUUAAAAUGUCUUUGUAUCUGGGUUGGCAGUAAUAAGACAGAUAACCGUGUACUUAAAAUUGGUUGGAUUAUACAGAUUCUCAGUUUCUAAAACACAGUGAAGUUAAGUAGGUAUUUUUGACUGCACGAAGCAAAGCAAACACAAUUAUCUAUAAUUUUUAUAUAACAAUUUUUUUAAUAGCCCACUAAAAUGAAUGGAGAGCAGCUAAAGUAGGUUUAUCACAGAGCCUAUUCUAGUAACUGAGAUGACAUCUGUAGAGGGGCCAAACUGGAGAAAGCUGACCUGUCUAAUAAUUCUUUCUAAUACCCUGUGUACUAACAGACCAUCCCUGUGGACACUGUCAGAUGUGCAGCCUUUUUCUUACAUGGCAGGGAAGGAGUGAAGGUGGAAGGAAGAGUCCUCAGGCUACAAAACACAGGGGGAGAGUGGAGCCGAGACAGCACACUGUGGUUUUUAUCAGUGAACCAGAGAAGCUUCUUCCUGCUAAUGCAGCGAUUGUAAUUUCCAAAGUUUUACUGUGGUUAUCUGUUGAGGAACUUGGGACUUGCAGUUCUGUCAGGCAUGCUCACUUCCACAGCUCCUAGGUUUCCAAGAAUAAAUCAAUGCAUGACUUAAUGAUGACUGCUGCAGUAUUUACACCCCUCACACAUUUUUGACCUUCCUCAGCAAAAUGUAAUGCCUAUUUAUAGAAGGGGUUGACAUGUGGCAGCCGGGGUUGGGACAUGUAGAAGCCAUGGAGAGAUCUCGGAAUCUUCAAGAAUACACUUGGAUUUCUUUAUGAAUCUUCUAAUUUAUAAUGGCUAUACUUCAAGAGCUCUCAAAAAAAGGCCUACCUCUCGUAGAGGAAAACGAAUACACUAGAAAUGGAGUUAUUCCCCAACCGCAGAAUUUUCUGUGUAAAUGUUCCUUUUCUAUGUAGUCUGAGAGCUAUAAUAAUAUUUUUUGUAUCAUUCCCAGGGGCUGUGGAAAUGCCAUCACAACCCCAGUGAUACCAUCAUUUUGUAUCCUUGGAGCUAUUCUUCACAUCAGAGAGGUUUUUCUUUUUCCCUCAUCUAUCUGGAGUAUCUUGUGUCAUACUCAUCCCCUUUGUCUUUUCUCGCUCAAUAUUAAAUAGUGGUUAAUGUUCGAACCCAUUUGUGUCAAGAAGCAAUUACAAAAGCACCAGUACAAGCACUAAAUUUAACUGUUCACGGACGUAUCACUGCUUGUAGGGCAGAAUUUUUACACCCUCUGGCUGCAGUGCAGUCUCUUUGUACCCCAGUUCAUCACAGACUGUGGCUUUAUGCUACAACCAAAUACUUUUUAUUUAAAAAAAAAAAAAAAAGCGAGCCCAAAUCUGUGAAUCCUUAAUUCAGCCACAACUCUUUUGUCAAUCUUUGGCAAGUUGUUUAAUCUCCUUGCUACUGUUUUGCAGUCUGUAAAAUGGUGAUUAGGAAUACUGCCUCACCUCUUACAAACCGUUUUUUGGAGGUCUGUGGGUCGAGCCCUGCAGUCCUUGCUCUGACACUGAUGAGGAAGCUUUCCCUGUCGACUGUAUGGGUGUUCUAAUGAAAGAGCUACAAGAUUUCUGACCCUACUUCAUGUUUGCAAAGCACUUCUGAAAGGUGCUUGGUAAGUGCUAAUUACUACAAGCACUGUCAAAGGCGCCUCAUUUAUAUGAGGUCUUUUAAGCAUAACGAUGCUUGGAGAUACCGUAAUUAAGCUUUGUUUUCACAUGGCUUAACCUUGUGACAUUUGCCUACUGGAUGAUGCAGGCCUGUUCCUUUUCUUGGCCUCAUCAUCAGCGCCUUUGUGUUACGAGGCUGCCGCUACAUGUAAGCUUUGGUUGAUACGUAGGCAAAGUCCACGGUGACUAACGAGCCACUGGGUGUGCUGAAUAACUGGGUUAAAUGAUCAACUCUAAAUGAGGUAUUUGGCGUAUUGAAAAAAAUGAGUGUUUAUAGUUUAAUUUCCACAGGAUUCCUUUCACUUGUUCACCUAAUCUUUUUAUUUUCUAUUAAGUAAUUUUUCCAUUGUCUCCAUUAGAUCCACGUUGCCUGUCUUUGCAUUCAAGGAUUCAUCAGAAACCCAGUGAUGUUGUCAAUGGGCGUGAUGUAAUAGGCAAUUAUGCUGUGACUUACUCUGUUACCAACAAAUAAUUAAAUGCAUUUUGUUUAAUUUCAUAGCAUGGAUUUUUUUUCAAAUGAAAGUUCUACUCCUAUUGACUUUCAUAUGUGUUGUCAUUGAGUUAAAUGUGAGUAACUUCAGGCUUUUAUUGAAAAGCUCUGCAAUCUACCGAGUGACACAAUGCUUAAUAAGAACACUUUUAUGUAAAAUUGCUUUCAUUUUGGCCAUUUCCCUUGUGUAUUAUUUUGUAUUGUUUGGAGUUUCAUUUUCAUAACAAUCACUGUGAGUACAUUAAUAUCUUCUUUCUCCCCAGCCAAAUGCAAUAAUAAUGACUAAAACUGGUUGAUGCAUCAUCCUGUUAGAUAUCUGGAUGGAAGACUAAGGGUAAACCUCUACUAAAAUGGCAUAAGUUGUGAAGAUUAGGGUUUUUUAAAAGCAGCCAUUACUGAUUCGCUCAUGCGCGUUACUGUAUUUAACGUAUUUUCUCACACUUACCCUUACAAGGUGGCCUUCAUAGUCAGGUGUACGCUUCCUAACACAUGCAGUAUAAGAUUUUGAAGCUUUUGUCAUUUUUAAUUUGGCUAUGUAUGGUCUUACAGUUCUGGCAUAAUGCACUUUGUAAAAGGAAAGAAAAUUAAGCAUUUCCAUUGUAUUGUGCAAACUAUACUUACACCUUAUGCAGGUUUUUUCAGAUGAAUUUUGGU